AUGGGGAGAGAGUGUUGCACUGUCAAAGGUGGAGCAUUCGGUGAAACAUUAAACCGAGCCCUCUAUUUGGAGGAGCAGGCGUUAUUUCCCUUACCGCCCUUAACCAAAUCCGAAAGACAGAUUACACCUGGUCUUCAGAACAGGUGAUGUUCGCUGGAGCUUGCUGCCUUCCUUAAACAGUAAUGGCAAGGUGAAGCGCUCCAGCUGACUCUAAUGCACUUUGGGGGGGAGUCAGGAGGUGUGAAAGGCGACGUACGGAUGUAUUUUCAUUGACUUUUUACAUCGAGAUGGACACAGAUGGACACAGCCCCGUGUCCCAGAUGUUGCAAUGACCGCUUCCAGCGUUCACUGCCCUUGCUUAUAUCGGAUCCCUGAGCAGCCGUUCUGGCUGUGUGUAGGCGGCGCGGGUGCAGAUCCGCGAGGGUUAAUGGGAGUUUGCCAAGAGCCUUUAGUGUGAGUGGAGGGUGCGGAUGUGAGUUGGAGACGCUGCUUGGGUCUCUCCUCCUCCUCGCCCUCAGUCCCACUCGGCGCUCCGCCUGUCUGCUCCAUUCCACCCCAGUCCGGCCAAAAAAAAAGAACAAAAAAGCCCUGUUCAUUCACCCGCUCGGGUCGGGAGCUGUUGAUAUUGUUGCCUUUUGGAGUCGGGCUCGCUGUACGAUGGUGGUGAUGAGCGCGUCUCCCCACCAAGCCCCGGGAGCGGACUCUCAGCUGAUGGGACCGAGUCGCCUCUCAACCUUCACACACACAGAGUAAAGUCAGCUGCCGGGUUCAAAACACCUCUCUCCCGGAGAUGUCCGCUCAGGGUUUGUACCAAGGUGGAGGUGCUGCCGGAGGAGGAGGAGGAGGAGGAGGAGGAGGUGGUGGUGGAUGGUUAAACACGGUUCUCUUUUGCUCCUCGCCAUCGGCCAAGACCAUGUCCAAGAGAAAACUGCGCCAGACCAGGAGCCUGGACUCGGCGAUUAUUCGGGGCUACGGCACCGACAGCGAGCUGGCGGCGGACGAUUUCGAUACGCCCCGGAGUACCUGCCUGAGGUCCAAGUACGCGAGUGCCAGCAACCCCUUGUCUCCUCGGAGCUCGGCCGAGAGCUUGGUCAGCACCCGCUCGCUGCGGUACAGGCAGUGCCCCCGCUCCCCGCUGGAGAAGUCUCUCUCCGCCAACUUCAGCUUCGACUACGAUCCCAGGGGAGGUGGGAAGAGAACCGCCACCUGGGACCUCUCCUUCCUCCCCAGGAACCAGUCUCAAAACCUGGCCAGCAACACCUUGUUCUCCCCGCGGAAGUGGCUGCAGAGGAAGUCACAUCAAGCUAACAGCCAGUCCUACAUAGUCUGGAGGUCAGAGGCUGACUUUACUUGGAACAGCAUGUCUGGCCGCAGUGUUCGAUUGAAGCCGGUCCCUAUCCAAAGUCUCUCUGAACUGGAGAGAGUACGGCUUCAGGAAGUGGCUUUUUAUCGGCUACAGCAGGACUAUGACUUGGGCUGCCAGGUUACAAUUCCGAAAGAUGGACAAAAGCGGAAGAAAUCAUUGCGACGGAAAUUAGACUCAUUGGGCAAGGAAAAGAACAAGGACAAAGAUAGAAACUACAUGUUGACAAUUCCCAUAUUAAAGUCAGUAUUGAAACGCAGUGACUCUGGCUCGCCACUGGCUCCUCCGGAUCUCAAUCAAUCCCCAGUGUCUCGGGCCACGCUUCGUUGGCAACAACCACGCGCAGCUGCCUCAGUAACAUUGACUUUAACACAGGAGUUGUUUCUCUUUAUCUUAGCACUCGAACAGGACGAACAGCUCAGUGCCUUGCAGCUUCUCAUUUAUCUCCUGCCCCCAUGUAAUUGUGACACGCUCCACAGACUCAUGGAGUUUCUUGCCAUGGUAACAAAUCAUGCUGAAGACACCCUGGAUAAAGAUGGACAGGAGGUGACUGGAAACAAAAUGACUUCACUUAACCUUGCCACAAUCUUUGGCCCCAACCUCCUACAUAAACAGAAGAGUUCAGACAAGGAAUUCAGUGUUCAAAGUUCAGCUCGGGCUGAGGAGAGUGCUGCCAUCAUCAACGUUGUUCAAAAGAUUAUUGAAAACUACGAAAUACUAUUCAUGGUACCACCGGAGUUGCAGAAUGAGGUACUGAUGAGCUUGCUGGAGACUGAUCCAGAUGUCGUUGACUACUUGCUGCGGAGGAAAGCUUCACAGUCGUUGAGUCCUGACCUGACGAGAGCAGAAGUCUCCUAUUCUUUGGGAGGACGACAUUCAUCUAUUGACUCUAAUAAGAUCUCAAGUGGAGAAGUGUCACCCUAUGAUAAUAAUUCUCCAGUCCUCUCAGACAGGCUGUUGACACCGGACGCAGAAGAUCUUAGCACAGGUUCUGAGAAACUCUAUAAAGUUCCUGAACAGUAUGCUUUAGUUGGACACUUAAAAUCCAAAUCUGGGGAUAGCUCUCCGGUUUCGUGGCCUGAUAAAGCUAAAAAUGCACCUUCAGAAGAAAACAUUAACAUUUGGGGAACUUGGCAUUCCACAUUGAAACAUGGGUCUAGAGAGGAAGGGAUAACAGGUUCGUAUGGAGAUAUUUAUCAAAGCAGUGUGCUACAGCAAAGACAGUGUUCUCUGUCACAGGGAAACCUCACGGCAGACUGGCCUGUCAUUCAGGCCUCUUCUACGUCUUCUCUGGACAAUGCAAAGCAGCCUGUGCGAAGAACUCAUACUGCAGAAGGUGCCCCUGAGUACAGAACCCACACUCCUGUGAGUCGUGUUUGCAGCAGCCCUCAAGUGCCAGGAGGUAAGAAACAUGUGCAGUUGAGCCUGGAAUCUUUGUGCCUCAGUCAUGACCAGCGGUCCACAGGAAGCGCAGAAGAAAUUCCUCAGAAAACCUCAGAAACCUCUUUGUUGCACAAGAAACCGUGGCAGUUCCAUUUUAGGCACGGGGACAUCAACAGAAAUGAGACUCGGCCCCCUCCUCCAUACCCCGGCCCAUUGAGACAAAGCGCUCCGACUUCUAGUAAAGCUGGUACACAUCAGGAGCAAGCUCUGUCAAGACUUCAAAAGACUCAGCAAAGUUCUGUGGAACAACAGGCAGCAUCAUCCAAACAGUCAGCGCCCAACUCUGAGCAGCAGGACUCUGUUUCCUGUAACGAAGAGAAUCAAAGCUGGUCCAGGCAAACAGACCAUCAGAACAAUAAGAGCAAUUUAGCAGAGGCUGACUGGGUGGAAUGGCAGAGAGAACGAUGUCAAAUCUGGGAGCUGCUGUCUGCAGACAAUGCAGAUUCACUACCAGAAACUCUAGUAUGAUAUCUUGAACUGCUCUCACAGUAGACUUUGUUUAGAUGUCAUUUUAAUUUUUUUUAAAGAAACAAAUCAAAAUCGUCCUAUCAUUUACACAAAACAUAUUUUUAUAUUUGUGCGAUAUUUUAACUUUCUUUUACUUUUCAGGGUGUAAAACAACACAGUCUUUAACAUUCUUGUACAAAGUCAGUGUGUCUGUCAGCACCUAAAGCGUAGCAUAGGACAAUACAUUUGAAUGUUGCUGUAUGCAUAAAAUAUACAUGAAAUAUACAUAUAUAUUAUAUAUAUAUAUAUAUAUAUCUAUCCUGUGUUGUAAUUUCCAUUUGAUUUUAUAUUUAUACAUAUGUUUGUUUUGGAAGAAAUUAUGUUCAGAACUGCAUUCAAAGAAAAAAAUCUAUUUUGGACUGCUCAUACAUCAUUGCACUUAUCUUGUUGCUCUAAUGACUAAUUGUAGCCUCAGCAGCUCUGUGUACACCAACUGGUGUUUCUGUUAUUGUCUUAUGUGUACAUUACAAGGUCUUCUUGCCACUGACUAAAUGAAAUAACCACUGCAGUAUCAAGGUUUUAACUACUGUCAAUGUUCUUUGUGGGCUAUCAUUAUCUCUUCUUCAGCUACAUGUACUGCUCUAAAGUACCAACCCACACUCCCAUGAAUAAGUAACCUACAUACUCUACUGCUAGUUACCAUUUGCAGUGAUGUUAUUCACAGGGUUUUUAAAAAAAUAAUUCCCCUCCUUACCCCUUCUUAGAAUGUGAAAAAUAGGAUAGAGAUGGAAAGAGAAUAUAGCAUCACAAUUUGCUACAUGGCAGUGACAAUUCAGCUAUCACCACAUUAAGUCAUUGCUUGAUUGAUCUCCGGCCAGGUGGAAGUCUAAUAUUCCUGACUCGCAGGGACUGCUGUGCACGCAGUUUAAAGAAUGGGGAAAUGAUAGGUUACAUGUUUUGAAUGUAUUCAAACGAGGGAUAUGCAUAAAGUGUACCUUUUUAAAACAAGAUUGUAAGAUACGUUUUAAUUUUAAACAAUUGUGCCAAAGUUAGAAGUGACAAGUUCAUACAAUUCCAUUUAUUUUGUUUUCAGAGGAAAAUAACAUUUUAUAAACUGAUGUUUUAAUUUGUUUGAACUCUGGGCUAGCAGUUGGCCACAACCAUGUUCACGUUUAAAAUUUUCUGCCAGUCAAGGCAAGUAUAUUACAUUGAAACAGUUGUGAUCUAACACAGUACAUUGUCUUAAGCUGGUAAAUAACAUAAUCUUAAAUCUCACGUGCUGUAAAGAUCCAAUUAAAAAGAAUGUGAUAAAACAAGAUUGAUUUCUGAGUUUUUAAUAUGGCUAGGAACAUUCCAAGUUAUGCAUCUAAAAUUUAACGUGAUUGUACAAAAUAGGUGGCGAUGUAGCCUGUUUCAUGCUCCAAUGAAAAUCAUGUGAAGUUCCUGAAAAAAUUAGAAACAAAAAGAUUCAGUGUGAAAUUACAGGUGGGGUACCAUGCAUUAGCUUGAUGUGAGGCCAAGAAGGUGUGACUACUUUGUAUAGUUUUAGGACAUAGUCAUGAUAAAAGGUCUUGUUUGAACCUAUUCAGCUGAAUUUCUGCCCCUCUAGUGGACCUGAAAUCACUGUCUGAAGUAACCUACAACAUAUUCAGUGACUAUUAAUGUGUUGUUUAUCCUCUUUGUCCUCAACCAGUUUUUAAGACAAUGUGAGACAUUCCAUCUUCCCCAUUGCCCCAUUUCUGUGGAGAAACCUUGUGUGAUUGUGACACCACCUUAUCCUGCCUCAUUAUGUCACCACCACAAUUCCCCCAAGAAUCAGGCCCAUUUACACUUCUUCAUCUUUGCUUUUAUAUAUAUGUUAAUGACACUCUGCUCUAUCACCUCUCUUAACCUUACAUCUACACAUGAUGAACUGAAAAAAUGUAUUAGAUAUGUUGUCUGAACUUGAAGUUGAUAAAAAUAGCAGGACCAGAUGAGAUGCUGAGGAAAGUAACUGUAGAAAUUAUGGAGGCACUGGCCUUCAUUAUUUUCCAGUCUUUCUUGAAGUCUGGAGGAUUGGAGAAUUGUAAAUGUUGGACUUUUGUUAAAAGAGUAUAAUGAUAAGCUCAGCAACACUUAGGCCAGUUAAUUUAACUUUGGUAGGGAAUCUUCUAGAAACAAUACUUCAGGGGAAAAUUAAUAAUCACUUGAGCACGUGUGGAUUAAUAAAGGAACGCCAACAGAGGAUUUUUAAAUUGCUGGCAUUUUUAAAAGAGAUAACAAAGAGAACUAAUAAAGAUAAUGCUACUGAAA